AUGCCCUUCGAAAAUUACCUGAGAGGGCCAACUGAGAACAGAAAAGUCCCACAAGAGCCUCCUGUAGAGCACUACGAAUCGGCCAAGAGUCUUCUGGACCUGUUUUCACAGAAAGGAAAACUUGUGGUCGUCACCGGAGCCGCAGGCGCCAUAGGAGGAGCCAUCUGCCAUGGAUUUGCUUCUGCAGGAGCAGAUCUGUGUGUGCUGGACUACAAGUACGACACCGCAUUGGCUGAGUUUUUGGCUGAAAAAUACAACAUCAAGGCCAAGGCAUAUCAAGUCGACAUUACAAAGGCAGAGGACGUCGAAACCUGCGUUAAAGCCAUCCAAAAGGACUUCCCAGGCCGCAGUAUCGACACUUUCAUUGCCAAUGCCGGAGUUGCUUGGACGCACGGCAGCAUCCUAAACGAGAGUGCAACACCUGACGCCUGGAAACGGGUUAUGGACGUCAACGUCCAGGGCACCUUCCAUUGCUCCAAAUAUAUCGCUGAGGUUUUCAAACUGCAGGGCCAUGGAUGUCUAAUUUUGACGGCUUCGAUGUCUUCGCACAUCGCCAAUGUUCCCAACUACCAGACCUGCUACAACGCAUCGAAAGCAGCCGUGAGACACAUGGCACGCGGUUUUGCCGUCGAGUUCGCACAUCUGACCGAGCCAGCCGGCCGUAUUCGCUGCAACUCGGUGUCUCCGGGCUACACAGACACUAUUUUGAGCUCUUUUGUUCCCACCGAGCAGAGAGCCCAGUGGUGGGGGUUGACACCGCAGGGUCGGGAAGCGCUUCCACAGGAACUGGUCGGUGCAUACCUGUACUUGGCAUCUGACGCUGCCACUUUUACAAACGGCUGCGAUAUUCCGGUCGACGGAGGGUACACUUGCGUUUGA